AUGCUGCUGCUUGUGCUGCUGCUGCUGCUGCCCCUCUCAGACCCAUGGGCUGUCCAUGGGCACCCACUCUACAUGCACCUGCCCCCCAGCAUCCUGCAAGCUCUGUCAGCCCAUGGCACGAGAGCACUGCAGGCCGCCCAGAGGAGCGCCCAGUGGACAGUUAAUCGAGUGGCGAUGGAGAUUCGACACAGACUGCAUGAGUGCAGUGGCUGUGCCAACCAUACCAUCCCGUGCCCGGGGCCUUGUGGCGAGAGGCGCCCAAGCUCUGUCAACGUGACACGGGCCCACGGCCGCAUUGUUGGGGGCAGCGCUGCUCCGCCCGGAGCCUGGCCCUGGCUGGUGAGGCUGCAGCUCGGAGGGCAGCCUCUGUGUGGCGGCGUCCUGGUGGCGGCGUCCUGGGUGCUCACCGCGGCGCACUGCUUCGCGGGUGCGCGGUGUGACUCUUUUGGGGUCGUCUGGCGGGCGACACACGCGAGGGCCGGUCUCUGCUGCCCCCUGGCGGCGGUCACCGCCUUGCCCUGCUCCCGGCCUCAAGGCGCCCUCGCCGCCCAGCCUGGGUGCGGAUUAUCUGGGAACACCCGGCUGGGCGAGGCUCCUGAACUUACUGGAGGGGCCCGCCUCUCCCCCGCCCACCUUCCCUGCCCCGCGAGAAGAGCGGAGACAGAGAGAGCCCUGCAUGUGGGCCUGCUGAGUGGUGCCCGUGGGCGGAGGGCAGGGUCUCAGGGGACUCGCCGCUUGUCCCGCAGUGCCCAGAACGAGCUUCUGUGGACAGUGACGCUAGCCGAGGGGCCCCAGGGGGAGCAAGCAGAGGAGGUGCCGGUGAACCGCAUCUUGCCGCACCCCCAGUUUGACCCGCGGACCUUCCACAACGACCUGGCCCUGGUGCAGCUGUGGACGCCCGUGAGCCCGGUUGGGGCGUGGCGCCCUGUGUGCCUGCCCCGGGGGCCCCGGGAACCCCCAGCCGGCACCGCUUGCGCCAUCGCGGGCUGGGGGGCCCUCUUCGAAGAUGGGCCUGAGGCGGAGGCGGUGAGAGAGGCAAGAGUGCCCCUGCUCAGCACUGACACCUGCAAAAGGGCCCUGGGGCCCGAGCUGCACCCCAGCAGCAUGCUAUGUGCUGGCUACCUGGCCGGGGGCGUGGACUCCUGCCAGGGUGACUCUGGAGGCCCCCUGACCUGUUCUGAGCCUGGGCCCCGCCCCAGGGAGGUCCUGUAUGGAGUCACCUCCUGGGGGGAUGGAUGCGGAGAGCCAGGGAAGCCUGGGGUCUACACUCGUGUGGCCGUGUUCAAAGACUGGCUCCAGGAACAGAUGAGUGCAAACCCCUCCAGCCGGGAGCCCAGUUGCAGGGAGCUGCUGGCCUGGGAGCCCCCCGGGGAGCCGCCGGCAAACGCCGCCCCGCCCUGCGCCUUCUACGCCCGCCUGUGCCCUGGGCCCGCGGCCGCCUGCGCGCGUCUGGCGCACCAGCAGUGCCUGCAGCGCCGAAGGCGAUGCGAGCUGCGCUCGCUGGCGCACACCCUGCUGGGCCUGCUGCGGGGCGCUCAGGAACUGCUUGGCCCGAACCCAGGGAUGCGGCGCCUGGCCCCCACCCUGGCUCGCCCCGCUCUGUCGCUCCCGGAGCCUCCCAGACACCCCGCCCGCGAGCAGCGGCUGCACCCAGGAUCGAGGGCUGCGGGCGCUCGGUUCUCGAAGCGGAGGCCAGAGCAGCGCGUGGAAGCGAACGGUUGCCCUGGGCUAGAGAGUCUGCAACAGAAGUUGACCACCCUUCAAGGCACCCAUGCCUGGAUCCUGCAGGUCCCAGCAGAGCACUUGGCCAUGGACUUCCACGAGGUCCUGGCCGAUCUGGGCUCCAAGACGCUGACCGGCCUCUUCCGAGCCUGGGUGCGGGCAGGCUUGGGGGGCCAACACGUGGUCUUCGGGGGCCUGGUAGGCCUGGAGCCGGCCACGAUGGCUCGCAGCCUCCCCCGCUUGCUGGUGCAGGCCCUGCAGGCCUUCCGUUUGGCCGCACUGGCAGAGGCAGAGGGGGCCCGGAUGGGUUCAAGGCAGAGCCAGGGGCUGGGGAGGAAGGGGCACCCCCCACUCAGUCCUCAGAUUUCCCCAGCCAGGGGGCCAUGAACCAUGUCUGGGCCCCCAACCCCUGGUUAAGACCUACCCCUCCAAGGGGCUCCUGUGAUAACAAUAUGUCCCAGCC